AUGGAAUAUAAUACUAUCUCUAAAGAAUAUAUGCCACUAGAGGCUAUUUCUUUCCCUACUUCACAAAAUAUUUUUCAAAAACCCACUUCCCACAUUGAAUAUAGCUUCCUUAUUUCGGUGAAAAAAUUUCACGUGAAUAUUAAUAAUCGUACCGGUUAUAACAAGAUUUAUGAAUUUAGACGCUCAAAAAGUUACUUUUUUGAGCUGGCCGAUCAAUUUUCAGGCACCAAUGAUAUUCACCUAAUCAUACAUACAAAUGAUUACAACAUGCAGACUAAACCGAUUCGGUAUACCUCAACGAGUCCAUUCCCCAACAACAAAUACCAAAUUAGUAAAAUGCUCACGCACUUCUUUUCCUUACAACGAGUCAUACCACGACGUAUACAACAAAGAUAUUUUAACCUUAUCCGCCGCAAGCUAUUGGAUCAGUUUAAUAUUAUCAGAUCACGUGCAGGCAAUAAUCUCUUACCCGAUAAUGAAGAUCACCCUCACCCUGGAAGUCAACAUAAAAAAUCUUCCAAAACUUUCUUCAAUUUCUCGUACAAGAGAUAUCGUUUUCACUUCGGCUGUUAUAUACCUUGCCAACAUUUAAUGACUUUGAAAAAGUCCAAAGACCUAUCUCUUUGCCAUAUACCUAGUCCUUUUGUUAUGACUAAUAAUCGUCACGCUUGUGUCGAUCAUCAACAAGAGUUCUUCCGAACUCGACUUUUCCAUUUUACUAAACAUAAUAGUCUACAAAAUCAAGUUUUACUUAAUUCCAAAACUUCCCAUGCUACACACCUCUACCAUAGAUGGAAUGAAGGCACUGAAAAACGAAUUUUUUCUCGACGCCUCGGCAUUGAAUACUCUAUGAAAUACCUGGCCGCCAGCAAUAAAAACAUUAUACGCUCCCGUCACCGUAAUAUGUACAUUAAACGGUUAUAUAAUUUCAAAUUUAUACCCUCUCCUAACUCAAAGACUAAAAGGAAUCAACAGAAGCGUUUCGAUAGAAAUUGCAACAGAGUUUUUAAUACCCGUUAUGAUUCAGCAUGUAUUGGUUUCGAAGUGAAACUUAAAGCUGCUCAAAAAAAUCAUUUUCUUUUUCACAAAUGUCAAACUAUUCACAAAACCCUCUCACAUCUUACUUACUCCCGGAAAUCAGCGAUUCCUGAUGCUGAUGCUUACCCAUUUCGCAUUCCGUUCUAUGAACGGAUUGGUGGACCUCUGGCCCCUAAAGAAGACCUCUUAUUAGAUGAACCCAAGAUUGUGUUCUCCAGCGUAUUCCAAGUUGAUAUUCCUAUAAAUGCACCCCAAUUUAAAUUAAAUUCAUCAGAAAUCUCGAUGAAUGAUUUUAACUUCAACAACUCUACAGACAAUUUGAUGUCGAAUGAUAGUAUUACUUUUUCACCACAUCCCGCGCACGAGAUGAUUGCGACAGUGGAAAAUUACAACCCGUUUGGAAAGUCCUUAGGUGAUGAAUUUACACCUUUCGUCCCUAGAUCUCCCAUCUAUGAUGUAUACGGACGUUAUUUACCACCUGAUUCUGAUGGAUGGUUACGAGUUGUUAAAGACUCCUACGCAUUAAGACAACAACCCGACCAAGUGGCCGAGUUACUGGAAUUACAAUCAAAUAGGCGUACUAAACUCAAGCCUAAAGAAUUUCAACGUCGGCUAACUAAGGCCAAACGUGAUGCAACUUUACACCUUUAUCACGGCACUAGCACCAAACACCUUCAACGUCAUCUAGACACUACGACCCACCUUACCAAACUACAAACAGUGCAUGACCGGUUCAUGAAUUAUGCAACCAGCGGCUGUUCAAACAAUCGUUAUCAGCGUGAACGAAGACGUUACGUUACUUACUUUGACUCCCUCCCAAAACGAUUCAUGCUCCCACACCUCGAGGACAUCGCUUAUAAUGACACUUCUGACGAUACCAAAAGCCUCGAAGUUCGUCCCAAGAAACGGAACACACUUACUAACAUCUGCGAUCGUUAUCUUCACAGAGACCAAUUUAAACGUCUACGACUGGAUACGGGUUACCCUAUUGACUCCCCUGUUUCUAGUUCGAACAAAUCUUAGAUUUUGUUACUUUUAACCUAUUUUAUGUAAACAUUUGUAAUGAGUCCAAAACUUUAAUAGCCCUUUUUCCUUCAUUUUACACUAAUCUACAUUACUCCUUAUUAGCGUAAAAAGAAGUUUAACUAAUUUAGAACAAUUAAAAAUAGUGUGAACCAUUCCACCUCUGACAGUAUUUACAGGUGGUCACCCUGGUGGGUGAAAAGAAAAAUACGGGCUGUUUCUUUUUUAUGUUUCGGUUGUUUGCAUUUGAUAGUCCGUUUUAGACUCCAGGUUAUGCUUGAUUGUUCUAUAGAAUAAUGGGCAAGACGACCCCUUCAGGCUUCUCCUGAGAGGUUGGGUAAAACACUAGCUUAGAAUUUAUUGAUCUUUUAGACCAUGUUUAUUCCUAUUUAGCGUUUGACCCCAGUCGAGUCUAUAU